GAAUCGCACGAUCUGCGGCGGGUGAUGAAGACAAUCUUGUGCAAUCAAACGGUGAUGGGUGUCCCGAUAACGUUUGCUGGCUAUUAUAGAACAUUCCGUGGUUCGGUGCCGGAAGUGGGUGUGAUCUUGCGCGAUCUGGUCGUGUGUGUGUCUUCUAUGCCGAGAUUGGAUUUUACUACGUGUAUCGACUCUUGCACCUCAAGCCACUGUACAAACUGGUCCAUAAAAAGCACCACGAAUGGACGACACCGUUUGCUUGGACCGCUAUGUACUGCCAUCCGAUCGGACACAUCAUCAGCAACAUGAUCCCGUCAAUGAUCGGCAUACAGCUCAUGAAGGCACACAUCUUCACCACUGCCAUCUGGUUUCCGUUGGUAAUCUUUAACACGAUUCGGGAUCAUUGUGGCUACCAUUUGGCGUUCUUUCCCAGCCCCGAGGACCACGAUUAUCAUCACGCGAAAUUUACUGAGUGCUUCGGAACGUUCGGGUAUCUCGAUUGGUUGCACGGGACGGACACACAGUUCCGGAAGUCAAAGCAGCACCAGCGUCAUCGUGCACUUUGGGGCAUUAAAUCGGCCCUAGAAUUGUAAACGGAUAGUUAAUCCGAAGCCACCUGUUUGCCAUCCAAAGCUUACGAGUGAGGGUGGUAAGGAAUACCUCGUUCCAAAACAUUCAUCGUUGUUUCGUCUUUCUAGCUGUUCUAUUUAAUUACAAACUCAUGUAUUCAAUAACAUGAAACAUAGAAACAAUUCGGCAUUUUACUUGGACCUUUUCUCUACUCAUUUGCUAAACAUGGAUAAUAAACUCAUUUCCGAUUUUUUGGUGUAUACAUUGUAAUUUUAAACAAGCAGUAAGUAUUUAAUUUUCAUUUAUUUCAAACGUUACCGCGUAAGUUUUCAACCAGCAUACCCGGGUAUUUCAUACAUUUUGUAUGGAGCAUGACGUUCCUCUUCUGCUUCUUUUCUUAUUGUACAUAGUUUCGAGUCAAAUUCAAUGGAUUUAAAAUUUAAAAAGGAAUCGUUAGUUUUAUCAUAACAUAAAAAAGAUAAUGAAUGAAUCGAAUAAAUUUUAG